AUGUUACUUUCAAAGGAGGCAACAGAAUAUAUUUUUGUGGAGAAAUGGAAUCAAACUUCCAGCGAUUUCAUCCUGUUGGGGUUGUUGCCUUCAAAUCAAACAGGCCUCCUUCUUAUGAUCUUUUUCAUCUUCGUGUUCUUUGUUGCUGUGUUUGGCAACUUGACAAUGAUUUGUCUCAUACGUAUAGAUAACCGGCUCCACACUCCCAUGUACUUUCUCCUCAGCCAACUUUCCCUCAUGGACUUGAUGUACAUCUCUACCACUGUCCCCAAGAUGGCGUUCAACUUCCUCUCUGGCGAGAAAAGAAUAUCAUUUGUGGGAUGUGGAGUGCAAAUCUUCUUCUUUGUGACCUUAGCAGGAUCAGAAGGCUUACUGCUGGCCUCUAUGGCCUAUGACCGCUAUGUGGCCAUCUGCCACCCCCUCCACUACCCCAUCCACAUGAGUAAAAUUGUAUGUGUGAAGAUGAUCAUAGGAUCUUGGAUAAUUGGCUCUGCCCAUGCUUUGGCACACACAAUCUAUGUCCUUCAUAUUUCCUACUGCAAGUCUAGGGCUAUUGAUUACUUCCUUUGUGACAUACCAUCCAUGUUACCUCUGGCCUGUAUGGACAUUAGAGUCUAUGAGUACAUAAUUUUUAUGAGUACCUGCCUGUUUCUCCUCUUUCCUUUCCUUGGGAUCACUGCUUCCUAUGAUCGGGUCCUUUUUGCUGUCUCCCAUAUGCGCUCAAAAGAGGGAAGAAAGAAAGCCUUCACCACCUGCUCAACACAUUUAAUUGUGGUGACAUUUUACUAUGCACCUUUCUUCUAUAGUUAUUUUCAGCCUUCUAGUCUUCGUUCCCCUACAGGGGAUAAGAUUCUGGCUGUCUUCUACACUAUCCUCACCCCCAUGUUCAAUCCAAUUAUCUAUAGCUUGAGGAAUAAGGAAGUUCUAGGAGCUAUAUCUAGAGUCUUUGCAAUGUUUUCUUGCAGGAAAAAAUGA